CUGCCCGCUGACUGAGCCGCUGCCCGGCUGGCUUCCUGGCCGGCCCGCCCCCGGCGGCGAUGAAAUUCCCGGGCUCGGUGCUGGUGUCGCUCUUCCUCUUCGUGGCCGAGACGGCGCUGGCGCUGUACCUGAGCAGCACCUACAGCUCGGCGGGCGACCGCAUCUGGCAGUCGCUGACGCUGCUCUUCGCGCUGCUGCCCUGCGUGCUCGUCCAGUUCAGCCUCGUCUUCAUCCACCGAGACCUCAGCAAGGACAGGCCGCUCGUGCUGCUUCUGCACAUCCUGCAGCUGGGACCCCUCGUCAGGUGCGUGGAGGUUUUUUAUAUUUACUUUCAUGCAGGCAGAAUAGAGGAGCCUUAUGUCAGCAUCACCAAGAAGAGGCAGAUGCCAAAAGAUGGACAUUCGGAAGAAGUUGAGAAGGAAGUGGGCCAAGCUGAGGGCAAGCUGUUUACACACAGAUCUGCGUUUAGUCGGGCAUCGGUGAUCCAAGCUUUCCUAGGCUCUGCACCGCAGCUGACGCUUCAGCUGUACAUAUGUGUCCUCCAGCAGGAGAUGACGGCAGUCAGAAGCAUCUUCAUGGUCCUUUCUCUCCUGUCGAUCGUCUAUGGAGCACUGCGAUGCAACAUCCUGGCCAUUAAGAUUAAGUACGACGAUUACGACAUCAGCGUGAAGCCUGCUGCCUACCUCUGCAUCUUCCUCUGGAGAAGCUUUGAGAUUGCCACUAGGGUGAUAGUCCUGGUCCUCUUCAGCUCUGUCCUUCAAAUCUGGAUCCUCCCUGUGGUGCUAGUGAAUUUCUUUGCCUUUUUCUUUCACCCGUGGAUUCUCUUCUGGCAAAGUAAGUGCACUUUGCCGGAAAAUAUAGAGAAGGCUUUGAGCAAAGUGGGCACUGCCAUUGUCUUGUGCCUUCUCACUUUCCUGUAUGCUGGUAUUAAUAUGUUUUGCUGGUCAGCUGUGCAGCUGAAGUUGAAUGAUUCCGACUUAAUUGACAAAUCCCAAAACUGGUACAGGCUGGCUUUAUAUUACAUUGUGAGGUUCCUUGAGAAUGCUUUUCUCUUGCUGAUGUGGUAUAUGUACAAGACUGAUGUCUAUACGUAUGUGUGUGCCCCUUUGCUGGUCUUACAGUUGCUGAUUGGCUAUUGCAUAGCUGUUCUUUUUAUGCUCGUGUUCUACCAGUUUUGCCACCCGUGCAAAAAACUUUUCUCCUCCAAUAUUUCAGAAGGAUUGGCACUGUGUUUCAAGUUGUUUUGCUAUGUAUGCAAACCUCUUGCAUCCAGCACCUCUGGGGAAAAGGCAGACUUGAAGACCCCAGACGAUACUGUUAACGAUGCCCAGGACAGCUGCAAGGCAAAUGAAUCCUAUAAUGGAAAUGCCCACCAAAGUGUUUCGUCCAAUGCCUAGAGCUGCUGUCAAGGAGCCACCGCUCUCAAGACUUGGAUAUUUUAGCUGGGUAUAUUGCCUGUUUGGAUCCAGGUGGGAAAACGUUUCCGGCCCAUGGGUCUGGAAACCUUUCUGGGAAACAUCCCAAUGGUGUGCGGGUCCAGAGGAAAAAGUGGGCGGAGCAGCAAAUGUAAAUUUUUACCUUUGUACAGUAGGCUAGUUUCUUCACAUACUCCUCUCCCCCUCCUAAAUCCAGG